UUCUAUUUUAUAGCAUCAAAAAGCUGGUACAGAAAGCUAUAAGUUGAGUGGAAAUUUGAUUGUCUUGAUUCUGUCUCACUCUGUCUUCUUGGUGAGGAUUUUGGAAGUUGGUAGAGUUGGUUUGGAGUGAUAAAGAUGGAGGACAGUGGAAUGGUAAACAAUGUUGCUGCAGCUUUAGCCGCAGCCCUGGACUGGAGGUCCUCUGGGGAUGCUCGGAAAGCUGCCUAUUCCUACUUAGAAUCUGUAAAAGCAGGCGAUAUACGUCAUUUAGCAAAUGCAUCAUUUACUCUAGUUAAGAAGGACUGGUCUUCUGAAAUUCGGCUGCAGGCUUUUAAAAUGCUCCAGCAUUUGGUGCGAUUACGUUGGGAUGAACUCAAUCCUACAGAAAAAAGGAACUUUGCUAAAAUGGCGGUUGAUUUGAUGUCUGAAAUGGCAAAUCCUUCUGAAGAGUGGGCCUUGAAGAGUCAGACAGCUGCUCUUGUUGCUGAGGUAGUCAGGAGAGAAGGAGUGAGUCUUUGGCAGGAGCUUCUUCCAUCUUUAAUUUCUCUGUCCAAUCACGGUCCUACCCAAGCAGAGAUAGUGUCAAUGAUGCUAAGGUGGCUUCCUGAAGAUGUAAUGGUUCAUAAUGAAGAUUUGGAAGGUGAUAGGCGUAGGCUGUUAUUACGUGGGCUUACCGAGUCCUUGCCCGACAUAUUACCUCUAUUGUACAGCUUACUGGAGACGCAUUUUGGUGCUGCACUGGCUGAAGCAAGCAGGCAGCAGUCGGACAUUGUGAAACAGCAUGCAGCAACUGUAACAGCUACUCUAAAUGCUGUUAAUGCAUAUGCUGAGUGGGCUCCCUUGCCUGAUCUUGCAAAAUAUGGAAUAAUCCAUGCCUGUGGUUUUUUACUCUCUUCUCCUGACUUUUGUCUUCAUGCAUGCGAGUUUUUCAAGUUUGUCUCCCCAAGAAAACGACCUAUUGAUGGCACUUCUGAAUUUGAUUCAGCUAUGGGUCAGAUCUUCCAGAUCUUGAUGAAUGUUUCAAGAGAUUUCUUGGCCAAAUCUAGCUCCAGUAUUGCUAUGGAUGAGAGUGAAUUUGAGUUUGCAGAAUAUAUCACUGAAAGUAUGGUCUUUUUGGGGUCUUCAAACUUGCAGUCUGUUGCUGGUGAUGCCGGAAUUGUUUCCUCUUAUCUUCAACAGAUGCUGGGAUUCUUCCAACACUGUAAACUAGCACUACAUUGCCAGUCUCUGCUCUUUUGGCUGGCUUUGAUGAGGGAUUUGGUGUCCAAGUCAAAGAUUUUUCCCAGCGACAAUGCAGUUGAAAAGAGUAAUUCAAGUUCUGGGCAAGCUGAUAUUGAGAAGAAAAAGAUUCUAGCUUUUGUUAAUGAUGACAUCUUUAAUGCAAUACUGGACGCAUCUUUUCAGCGCAUGCUGAAGAAAGAAAAGGUUCAUCCUCACUCAGCUCUUCUGGUUGGGACACUGGAGUUGUGGAGUGACGACUUUGAGGGCAAAGGAGAUUUUGGCCAGUACCGUUCACGACUUUUGGAGCUGAUCCGAUUUGUUGCAUCUGAGAAGCCCCUUAUAGCUGCCACUAAGAUUUCUGAGAGAAUAAAUGCUAUUGUUAAGAGUCUCUUACUUGCCCCAACGCCUGCCCAGGAAUUGGCUACAAUGGAAAGCAUGCAGCUGCCUCUAGAAAAUGUUGCGAUUGCAGUUUUUGAUGGAUCAAAUGAUUUUGGAAGGAUGCCCUCUGAAGUUCAACUUGCUUUGUGCAGGAUAUUUGAAGGUCUACUCCAGCAACUUCUAUCUUUGAAAUGGAUUGAGCCUGCCCUUGUUCAAGUUCUUGGACGCUACUUGGAUGCAUUGGGUCCCUUCCUGAAGCACUAUCCAGAUGCAGCCGGCACUGUAAUCAAUAAACUCUUCGAGCUUUUGACCUCUCUACCACUUAUUGUCAAGGAUCCUUCAGUGAGUGCCGCUCGGCAUGCGAGGUUGCAGAUAUGCACGUCAUUUAUUCGAAUAGCCAAGGCUGCUGACAAAAGCCUCCUUCCACAUAUGAAGGGGAUUGCAGACACAAUGGCAUAUCUGCAGAAGGAGGGUACUUUGCUUCGAGGAGAGCAUAACCUUCUAGCUGAAGCAUUUCUGAUCAUGGCUGCUUCUGCGGGAGUUCAACAGCAGCAACAAGUGUUGGCAUGGUUGCUUGAACCUUUGAGUAACCAGUGGACACAGGUAGAGUGGCAGGAAGCAUAUCUGUCUGAACCUGCAGGCUUAGUCCGUCUCUGUGCAGAGACAUCAUUUAUGUGGUCGCUCUUCCACACAGUGACUUUCUUUGAGAGGGCACUGAAGAGAAGCGGUGUCAGAAAAGGCAAUUUCAACUUGCAAAAUAUUUCAACUGCUUUGCAUCCAAUGGCUUCUCAUAUAUCAUGGAUGUUGCCUCCUCUCCUUAAACUGCUGCGUGCUGUACAUUCUCUUUGGUCUCCACCUGUUGCUCAAGCAUUACCUGCAGAAGUAAAAGGAGCAAUGAUCAUGAGUGAUGUUGAAAGAACCAGUCUUCUUGGCGAAGGGAGUCUUAGAUUGCCUAGAAGUGCUUUAACGUUUUCUGAUGGCUCUCAGCUUGAUAUGCACAAGGAAGGCCAUUCAGAUCCCACUGAGAUAGAUAUAAGGAAUUGGCUGAAAGGUAUCAGGGACAGUGGGUAUAACGUUCUUGGUUUGUCAGCAACAGUUGAAGAUUCUUUUUUCAAAUAUUUGGACUCCGAUUCCAUUGCUUUAGCAUUGAUGGAAAAUAUACAAUCAAUGGAGUUCAGGCAUAUACGGCAGCUUGUUCACUCAAGUAUCAUUCCAUUAGUGAGGUGCUGUCCUUCAGAUUUGUGGGAGGGAUGGAUGGAAAAGCUUCUGCAUCCGUUACUUUUCCAUAGUCAGCGGGCACUUAGCAGCUCAUGGUCUAGUUUAUUGCAGGAAGGUCAUGCAAAGGUUCCAGAUCUCCAUGGUAUACCAGCAGGGUCAGACUUAAAAGUGGAAGUAAUGGAGGAAAAGCUUCUUCGAGAUCUGACUCGUGAGAUUUGUUCACUCCUUUCUGUUCUUGCUUCAUCAGGACUCAAUUCUGGGCUUCCUUCUCUGGAACAGUCUGGGCAGGUUGCCCGAGUUGAUGUAUCUAAUCUUAAAGGUUUAGAUGCAUUCGUCUCAAGCUCUAUGGUUGGGUUUUUGUUGAACCACAAAAGCCUUGCUCUGCCUGCUUUGCAGAUCAGUUUGGAGGCUUUUAGAUGGACAGAUGCUGAAGCUGUCACAAAAGUUGCCUUCUUCUGCGGAGCCGUCGUUCUUCUUUCAAUUGUAACCAAUAACGCAGACAUUCAAGAGUUUGUUUGUAAACAUUUAUUUUCUGCAAUCAUCCAAGGAUUGGCCCUUGAAUCCAAUGCCAUAAUCAAUGCUGACCUAGUUGGUCUCUGUCGCGAAAUCUUCAUUUAUCUCUCUGAUAGAGACCCUGCUCCUAGGGAGAUUUUGCUUUCUCUUCCUUGCAUUACCCAACAAGAUUUUCUUGCUUUUCAAGAAGCCUUGUCAAAAACAAGUAGUCCCAAGGAGCAGAAGCAGCAUAUGAAGAGCUUCCUGUUAUUAGCUACUGGAAACCAGUUAAAAGCACUAGCUUCUCAGAAAAGUGCAACUGUCAUUUCCAAUGUUUCAGGGAGACCUCGCAAUUUGGGUCCUGCUCCAGAAUCCAACCUCACUGAUGGGGGGGAUGCUAUUGGAUUGGCUGCAAUUAUGUAGGAGAAUUUUUGGACGCGCGAGAUUCUGUACAGAGACGAGUAAACUAACUAGAAAAUCAUACACCAGUCCUGCUGCAGCUGGAAAGCUGGCCUUUGUUUUUGCUCAAGAGGUCUACUGAUCCCCUUUAAAUUUGUCUCGACAAAAGCUUAAUCUCAGCUUGCUAUUGGUAGAUUAUACCAUUUAAAUUCCAAUAUCAUGUAGUUGCUUUGUGUAUAAAUAUGCUGACAGUGUAAGUACUUGUGCAAGUUUGAUUACUGAUGCACAAAAGGGAAUGCCUAUUGCAAGUUGCAUGAACAGCUAGCCAUUGAAACAUCAAUGUUGGAGGACUUGCUCAUUGUUACAAUCAUCAGGAGAAAACAGUAAGCUUGAACCGUAUAAAAUGAAGCUAAUUGUCCGUAGUUGUACA